UGGAACAACGAGAAACUGACCGUAGACGGUCCAAGCCCACCAGUCAGAGUUGUCUCCAUCACUACUUAUUCGCGCUAAAAGAGGCGAUCCUAUUGUACGGCCCACCACCGUCUUUCCCGGUUAGCCCAUCCACUGGGAAAUCCCUCACCAUUUCUUCAAAAUUUUCAUACACCGAAACCAAAAGCAAUUUCCCGAUACAGAAAGCAAACUUAUUCCCCACGCGCCACCGCACGCUUGAAUCUUCUGGAAACAUGGAGCAGCAGCCCAAGGCGGGGACAGAGCAGAAGAAGGAAUCCACGGACCAGGAUCAGAAGCCGAACUCCGUACCCGAUCCGUCAACCGGAGAUAAUCAUCAUGCACCAAAUGGAAAUGCGAAUAAGGACAGUGUCUCGACGGGAUCGGAUUCUGAGACGCAGGGUCAGGGUGAGGGUGAUCAAUUGCAAUCUCCGAACCGUCCUGGGUCCGCAAGGAAAUCGGUCCACUGGAGCCCCGAAUUGGUCACUGAAUCUCAUGCUUCUCAGAACAAAAAUGGCAAUGACAACGUUCACUUUGACGGAUCCAAUCCCUACGUUUCUUCAUCUCCUGGACAGCUCUCUUCAUCAUUUUCCUUCAAAGAUAAGAUGGGAACCGUGCGGGAUGUCCUAGUAAGAUGGAGAAGAAAGAUGGGAGAAACUACUAGGAGGGCUGAGGAUCUCGCUGGGAACACAUGGCAGCACUUGAAGACAGCACCUAGCUUUACAGAUGCUGCAUUGGGAAGAAUUGCUCAGGGGACAAAGGUCCUCGCAGAAGGUGGUUACGAGAAGAUCUUUCAACAGACAUUUGAAACAGUUCCUGAGGAGCAACUCCAAAAUUCUUAUGCAUGUUAUUUAUCAACAUCAGCUGGUCCAGUAAUGGGGAUUUUAUAUGUAUCUACAGCCAAGCUUGCAUUUUGUAGUGACAAUCCCCUUUCAUAUAAAUCGGGUGGCCAAACUGAAUGGAGCUAUUAUAAGGUGGUUAUCCCAUUGCAUCAGCUUCAAGCUGUCAAUCCUUCAUCAAGUAGAACAAAUCCUGCUGAGAAAUACAUUCAGAUUAUUUCUGUUGAUAAUCAUGAAUUUUGGUUCAUGGGCUUCUUAAACUACGAUGGUGCUGUGAAAUGUCUACAGGAUGCUUUGCAGGCCCAUAGUCUACAGUCUGUGUGAUACUAGACUACUAGUCCUUUCCGGUCAAACUUUUGCCAUCACAUAAUCUUAUCUUGUAAGCAGAAGUUUUCAACCUGUGCUGCCCAAGUGCGAAUGUGAUAACAGCGCAUGUUGCAAUUCCUUGGAAAUUUUUCUUUGUUCCUCAGGGAAUGAAAUUAGGUAAUCAGAGUUUAUAAACAUUUUCUUUUUCUAUAUAUAAUAUAUGUGUAUGUAUCAAAUCUUCUCUUUCUUCUUUUUCUUAGUCCAUAUAGUUGUAAUUUUUGCAUGAUACAACUCAUUUGGAAACAACUUAUUGUAUGAAUCUUUUGUGAGAUUAGCUGUUACUUUCACCUA